AUGGAUGCCGAGCUGGUCGAGAUGGAAGACGAGAUUGAUGCCGAGGUAGAUGAGAUCGAGCCGCCACCAGCCGCUGUAACCUUCUCCCGCCUAUUUGAUGCCGAGGCAGUGUUACAUAAUUCGCCGAGGGAUAAAAAGGGAACAAAGAUGGGGCAUCAUCGACCGGCCACGAGGAGUAAAAAUAAGAGAAGUAAGCCUGACGACAAUGCCGACACCACUUCUGAAAUUUUAGGGAGAAUUCUUUUGAAUGGUGAGGUGACUGAAGAUGAUAUAAAUCAACUUUACAUGAUAUUGAAGCCAGUUUGUCAAGGAUGUCGUGUGAACACAAAGGACAACCCCAAUUGCUUUUGCGGUCUCAUUCCACCUCCCAAUGGAAGUCGAAAGUCUGGGUUGUGGCAAAAGACCUCGGAAAUUGUGAAUGCCCUUGGUCCUGACCCGUCUGAGGACCUCCGUGAGUCCUUCGACGCACCCGCUGGCCUCAAGAAUCUUGGUGCAACUUGCUAUGCAAACAGCAUACUACAAUGCCUGUUUAUGAAUAAAUCAUUCAGAAAUGGUGUUUUCUCCAUUGAACCUGAGGUUUUAAAAGAGCAACCUGUAUUAGAUAAUCUUGCACGACUAUUUGCACAGUUGCAUUCUAGCAACAAGGCUUUUGUGGAUCCAGCACCAUUUAUCCAAUCGCUGGAACUGGAUAAUGGUGUUCAGCAGGAUAGCCAUGAGUUCCUUACCCUGCUCCUUUCUCUGCUCGAGCGAUGUUUGUGCCGGUCAAAAGAUGUCAACGCCAGAACAAUUGUACAAGAUCUUUUCCGCGGAGGUGUCUCACACACAACAAAGUGUUCAAAAUGUGGAAAUGAGUCUGAAGCUUCAUCAAAAAUAGAAGAUUUUUAUGAACUGGAGUUGAACAUUAAGGGUUUGAAGAGUCUUGAUGAGAGUUUGGAUGACUUGCUUAGCAUAGAGGAGCUUGAAGGAGAUAAUCAGUACCUUUGCGAAGCAUGUGUUACUCGAGUUAAUGCUACCCGAAGCAUUAAGCUGCGUUCAUUGCCUGCUGUCCUGAAUUUUCAGCUCAAGCGUUGUGUUUUCCUUCCCAAUACUACAAUGAAGAAGAAAAUCACUUCUGCAUUUUGUUUUCCUGGAGAAAUUAACAUGGCACAAAGGUUGUCUGAGCAUUCUCAUAAAGAUUUAAUAUAUGACUUGUCAGCUGUAUUGAUUCACAAGGGUUCUGCUGCUGAUAGUGGACAUUACACUGCCCAUAUAAAGGAUGAGAACAUUGGUGACUGGUGGGAAUUUGAUGACGAACAAGUAUCAAAAUUAGGUCAACAACCAUUUGGUGGUAGCGCUUCGACUCGUGAAGUUAAAACUGCAAAAAAUGAGCCAGUUGACCACUCCUCUUCUGCAAAGGAAACAGUGGUUCUUGUGGAUGAAAACCACACAGAUUCUGGUCAGCUCCAUAUGUCAGAUUCAAAUCACAACAGUCAUGUAAAAACCUUCUCAUCCAGUGAUGCAUAUAUGCUAAUGUAUGUUCGUCGACAGUCAAAGGGUGGUGAAGCGACUUCAGGGCAGUCUUGUGAAAUGAAAAUAGGAAUAAAUGGUUCUGUAUACCGGCAAGGGACAGGUAGUUCUCUUCCUUCCCAUCUUUCUGAAGAGGUAGGAAAGUCAAAUGCAAUGUAUCUGAAGUCCUGUGAAGAAUACAAGUCAAAAAAGGAAUCAGAGCUAAAUUGCAUAACAGAACGGCGACAGGAGGUACGGUCGGUCCUGUCUGAAGCCCCUGUACAAUCACUUCUGAAGCCGUAUUUCUGGAUUUCUACAGAUUGGCUUCGUCAAUGGGCCGAUAGCAUCAUUCCUGAGAAUAUUGACAAUACCACUAUACAGUGCUUGCAUGGAAAGGUGCCUGUUUCAAUGACUAGCUACAUGAAGAGGUUGUCAGCUGAAGCAUGGACCAUUUUGUUUUCUAAGUAUGAUGGAGGUCCAAGACUGUCCAAGGACGACUACUGCAUUGACUGCAUCUUUGAGACGGCUAACACUAAGGCUCGUGCUGACAGCUAUAGGGAUCAGAGAUCACUGAUGAAAGAACUUGCAGAGGCGGCCCUUGCGAGGGAGUGUUUCGAUGGCAAACUGUUUUAUAUAUCUAAGACAUGGUUGCAGCAGUGGCUACGCAGGAAAAACAUAGAAUCUCCAUGUGAAGCUGAUUCCGGACCGACUGCUUCAAUUAGGUGCCCCCACGGGGAUCUUAUGCCUGAACUAGGCCCUAGUGCUAAACGAAUAUUGGUUCCAGAGAAUCUUUGGCAUUUUAUUCACGAAAAUGCUAUGGCUGUGAAGCCAGAUGAUGUUGUGGGUUGUUCAGCUUUCCCUUCAGAGUCUGAUCCUUGUGCCCUCUGCAGUAUUGAACUUAAAGAAGCUGUGUCUUCAGAAGAUACGUUAAGAGAGUUCAAAUUAAAGCAACGGCAGACUCAUGAAAAAUUGGCCAUGAAUAAAAAUAUGGCUCUUUAUCAGGAUAGCAGAUACUAUUUGUUGCCUUCAUCAUGGCUGUCAAAAUGGAGAAGUUACAUUAAUGCAAGUGGAAAGAAUGCUGUUUCUGUAGAACUUGAAACUCUGGACAGCGUGGUUGACAUGCUGAUGUGUAAAGAGCACUCUAGACUUCUGGAAAGGCCUCCCGAUCUCCUCUGGAAGCGUGGGCUUAUUUUUCAGAAGGCAUCUGCUACAGAUGCGCUAAUCCUCAUAACUGAAGAUGAUUGGAAGUUACUCUGCGAAGAUUGGGGUGGUAUCGCAUCCAGAGGAAUUUCUGCUAGAAUUGAGGUCAAUAAUUCCUUGGAAGAUGAUAUUGUUGCACCUUUUGAAGAGAUGCCAAGUUCUGAGGAGCAUGUGAAUAUCCAUUACGAAGUAAAUUUGGGGUCAUCUAGAAGACCUAUUGUUAAGACGUCUCCUCCGGUCUGCGAGGAGUGUAUUGGUGAAAGGGAAAGUACUGAAUUGAUGAGGAAACUUAACUAUACCAAUGAGGAUAUAUGUGUUUGUUUUGUUCGUGGCAAGGAACCUCCAAAAUCAAUCCUAGAAGCAUCAGGGAGCAUUUCAGACCCAAAUCGCCGAACUUCGAAGCGGUCACGGAAGGCAACAUAUGGAAACUCUGUGAAUCUGAAUGUUUCUGGAUCCACAUCCAUUUAUCAAUUGAAGAUGAUGAUAUGGGAAUCCUUUGGGGUUGUUAAGGAAAACCAGAUACUUCACAAGGGUUCCAAAGUAAUAGAUGGGGAAACAGAUUGUCUGGCUGACAGGAAUAUUUUUCCUGGAGACGUCUUGUGGGUAACUGAUUCAAAGAUUCAUGAGAAUCGUGAUAUAGCUGAUGAGCUCUCUAACUCAAAUAUGGAGAAGAGAGAAGUAAAUAAUCUUCUAUCAGCAUUUUCAAGGAACGAUCUUGGUCUUCAGAUGGCUGGACAUGGACCUUUUGUGUACAAAUUGUUUUCAGAAUUUCUUUUUUAUGUAGGAGAUAAUCACAUCCUAUAUAUCACAUAUUUCUCCAUUUCCACCUUCGGCGUUCCGAGCGAGGCGGCCUCUCACUUAAAAGGGAAGGGAACAAAAAAUCAAAAGAAGUUUAUAGAAAAUGGCUGA